AUGUUUACUUUAUUGAAGCUUUUGGUGACAAUGCAUUCAAAAAAUAUCAAACGGUUUCCAGAUCUCAUGGCAAAAAGCUCACAGCUUCACCUGUCCUGGACACAUAAGAGAUGUCUACAGUUAAAGACCAUAGGCAUAUCACAAACACACAUUUGAAAAUCAUAAGAUAGGACAUAAAAAGCUUUCUUGGAAGACAAAAACAACAACAACAACAACGGCAUGCCUGCAGAAAGUACUUUAGGUAUUUGCAUCCGCACAAGUAUCUCGUGACAAUGUAAACUUUUGUCAAAAGAACUUUGAAUUUGCUUUGCUACCCAUAAAUACUUGAGGCCUCAUCAUUCAUGGUUUAUACUUUUGAGCGACAACAACAACAACAUUAUCCAGAGGAUAAUGCUCUUGGUCCACAGACUGUCUUGAUACAAAUUUCACAGUUGCACUAGAUACCUAGACAUGUAUAUCUACAGUGCAUGCAGCUCAAAACAACUGUACAAAAAGUGUGUGCAAUUUGUACCUCUGCAUCUGAGUGUGCGUGUAUCUCUGACACAUCUGAUUAGUAUACAUACAUGUAUGGGCCAGCUUUAUACCUCUUUCACAAUCAUGGGUGUCCUAUUAAUAUAUAUAUAUUUUUUAUACGUGUGAUAUAUUCAGGCUUUCUGACCUCGUUUAAAAGUAAGAAUUGUUUUCUAUUUUGCACAUGUUAACGAGGUCAGAAAUGGUUAUCAUACUAAUAAAAGAAUACAUAAUUUAUUUAAUAGGCCACCAGAUUGUAAAGUAUGUCUAUUGUCGACUUAUUGCUCUUAUUUUGUGAAAGGUUUGAACCCAGGAGUCAUUAAAUGACUCAUAAGUAGGCUGAGUAUGAUUGUCUGGGUAAAUGUAGUCCUGAAUGUUGACAGUGACUGAUGUUUCAACAACCUGUGCAGUAUUCAUCUUCUGAGUGACUCUGAAGGUGAAUACUGUAGAUUGUUGAAAUGCUAGUGACUGUCAACAACAACAGUCCCAUUCAGGACUACGUUCAUCUGGACAUUAAUGCAUAACCUUUUUUCGCUUUUAUUUUGUUGUUAGUUUUUGUAGACUAUAUUGUAAGUCAUUGGAUCUUAAACAGUGGGCAUUAACUGAGGAACUGUAUACAAGUAAACAUACAUUAUUUUAUCUUCCUACAGUGUAACUCAAACAUUUGAACAAGCAUCCACAUCACUGACACUAAACGAAUCUUUGGCUAAAUGUUCUCCACCCAUUAUUAGUUUGAGCAUCUUGAGGAAGGAUGAACAUGUACAUAUACCAGCAUGCAAAGAAAGACGUGUCUGAUAGCCCGGAGCUAGUGGGUUUUGCAAUUGGGCUAGUGAAUUGUGUUCUUAACUUGCCAGCUGGGCAAGUGAAGUUUUUUGGGACAUUCAAAUUACAGAAGAACUGUAAUCAAUGCUGCUCAUUAAAUUUUUUGAGGGGCUACUUAAAAGACUUGUGGGCUAUUACAUACUAGCAACAACUUGUAUGCCUGAAUGGCUGCUUGAAGCCGUAAAACCGACUUUCUUUGCACCCUGAUAUACAGAAAGUAAACCAAUUGCUCCACCUAGACCGAUUACAAGAAAUGUUGAUGACAUAAAUUUAUAAAGCACAAGUGUCAGUCAUUUGGCUACAGUGAAGUUAGCUAAGAACUGUGGCCAUGCCAUUUCAACCUAUACAUGUAAACAUUCACAGAAACUAUUUCCCAAAGAGUGGAUAGAGCCAGUGAUGUUUAAUUGUUACGACGUUUGUAAACUUUCCAUCAUGGAUACCCAACAUUUUGUGUCUUUGACAAAACGUGAAUUAUAUUUAUUUAAACAAUAAUUGCUGACAGUACAAUCUAACUUGACUGUGUAUGUAAAUUAUUUUAUUUACACUGGCAAGUUACUUCAUGUCAGAGUCAACAUAGAAUGUUUUUUGAAUAUUGCUAAGGAUGUAGACCUCAUUUCAAAAUAAAGACUGUCUCUGCUAGUGUGGUUUUUUGUAUCUGUCAGGCCAAAUCGCAUGAAAUAUAUCACCAUAUUUUGUACACUUUCUGCUCCUAGUAAAAUCAAGAUUGACUUGUAUAAUAUUGAUAAUAACUCUAAAAGGAUAAAAGUGCAGGCUAGCAACUCCAAAAAUGAAAUUUCUUUGCAACUUACUGUUUUGUUUAUAAUUUUUAUUUAUUUUGAUUGCUUGACUGACUAGCAAUAGAAAAAAGUGUUAAACAAUUUAUCUACAUUUUUUUUGUAAUUUAUAUGAACACUUUUAUAGUAAUUUACUAAUAUUUCAUUCUUAGGUUUUACAGUAUCCUUCUUAAAAUUAAUUUACUGUGGUUUAAUCAUACUCUACAACUAUCUUAUUCUCUUUUGUUGUUUAUUGUUGCUGAUAUUCAAAAAUAGUAAGAUUUCUGCCACAAAUAAUUUGAGAGCAAUUUUCUACGAAAGACCUCAUUAUAGUACCGUAUGUUCCUAGUGAGAUUCUCAAAACAGAAAGAUUAAAGGGGCUAUGCCACACUAUUUUUUAGGCAUUGAAACCAUUUGCUAUAGACCUUUGUCACACAACGGCCAUUUUAUCCCAGGAGAUUUAAAAAGCUUUGUUUUUGCACAGUUAGCCUGGCAGUAAGAAGGAGGCUACCUGUGCAAAUACAAAGCUUUUUUAAUCUCUUGGGACAAAAUGGCUGCCACAUGACAAAGGUCUAUUGUUUGUAGCUAUGAAUGGCAAGGAUGGACGUUGAUUAAAACUUGAAAAAAUUUUGCCACCCUUUUCAACUUUUAAAGCUUUGUGCUUGCAAAAAUUACAAGCAUAAAAAUUGUAGUUACAGUUAGUGCUCCAUGGUGAAAAUUUUUUUGGUUAUCUUCUUUAAAAUGCUAAACAGAUACAAGUAUAUGUUUGUAUAAGGGUUAAGGGACUAAGUUCUGAUGUCCAUGUAAGCUAUCCAUGAACAUGCUAUGGUACAACUAUAUAGGCAGCAUAAUAUUGCAAAAAGAAGGUGGUGUCCAAUAGCUGUGGACAGGUGGAUUUUGCUAUUGCACUAGUGGAUUUCAGUCUUAUCUUGCCCACUGUGCAGGACAGUGACGUUUUUUGAGGGAUUAAAAUUACAGUCUAAGAACUGUGUAAUCAUUGUAGUUACCUCAUCAAAAAGUAUUUGGGGCUAGUUGAAAUGACCUUUGAGCUAAUGCAUGCUACUAGCUCAUACAGCUUGCCCAAAUGACAAGCUGUAUAACUGACUUUCUUUGCACCCUGCUGAUGUUGAUUUCCGUCAGACUUCUAGUCCCCUAUUAUUUCAUAAAUACUGUUGUAACUCGCAUUCAUCUAGGAUGCGGAUGUACCAAGGGGGGAGGGAGCUGCGAUCCAAGUUUACAGAAGUUAAAGAGGAAGGAUUUCAUUCACACCUCCUGGAUGUGAGCUACAGUGAUGUGAGGACAGUCCCCCUAUUCUCCCCAAAUCAGUGAUCCUAUACCCCCCACCCCCUCCCAACCCCUAGUCCCAGGGUAGAACUGAUACUCAUCCCUAGGUUGCACUCAGACCAUGGGGCAAAUUAAAAGAAAAAAAAGAAAGAAAGAAAGAGAGUGAUUAUCUAAUGUGUUUAUGUAAAGUAUAAAAAAAAACGCCCGUUUCACUACUCUAUUUCAGACAAGAGAGUCUCCAACCCAUAUUUAGGCUAUUGAAUCCGCCCUCUCACACAGAUGUACAUGUACACUGAUUGAAAUCUCCCACAUUUUACGCCUUGUUUAGGGCAACACCCUGUUUGAGAGGCUAAUAGCAAAAUUGUGUACUCAGUUUUAUUAAGACUCUCAACCCCCCAAACCCAUACCAUGUUAACCAUUAAGGCCAAAUAAGAGAGUGCUUUCCCCUGGGAUGCAAAGACAGUAUAACUCUUCAGUACUUCUUGUUUUUGCCUUAGGUGUCCUUGUCGCUGCUGGGGAUCUCAUCACCCAGCAAUUUGCUGAGCAAAGAGGCACAAAUCAUGACUUCAGAAGAACAGCUCGUAUGGGAGUGGUUGGACUAGUUAUUGGCCCUGUGCUAAGAUCAUGGUAUCUUACACUGGAAAGGAUUGUCCCUGGGACUGCCAAAACUGCCGGCUUUAAAAAGAUGCUGCUGGAUCAGAGUCUCUUUGCUCCUGUUAUGAUAUGCUUCUUUUUCAGUGUGUCCGAGACACUUGCUGGAAAAAGACCACAUGAAAUCAAAGAGAUGCUCCAGGAACGCUAUGUACAGACACUGAUCACAAAUUAUAAGAUCUGGCCCCUUGCACAGACUCUGAAUUUUACGUUUGUUCCUAUUCAGCACCGCGUUGGCUUUGUCCAAAUUGUAGCAAUAUUUUGA